GAGAAUUGCGAGUGUAUAAACAGUGCGUUCGGGCGGACAGCAUGUUCUGUGGCGAGUAGAGAGCUGGCAGCAAAGCAUGCUGAGAGCUGUAGUUCUAACAACUCUGUGCUUUGUAACAGCUACCGGAGCAGUUAGUCAGGAUCAUGUUGAGUGUAGAAUGGAUCCAGGUGGCAGAAAUGUGCUUCUACCUGGAUGAUGUGAAUGAGGACAGUAAAAUAUUAUGCCUCUGUUCCAGAGCAUUCGUCAAUGAUCGCAACUUGUACUGUUUGGGAUUUAAAGGAACUGGCUUCAGCAGAAAGGAGGACAAAAGAGGUGAAGAGUAUGUAGAAGACGCAGAUUUUGAUGAGGAUUCUUUAGAUGUUCUUUAUGAAGAAAAUGAAUUGGACUCUGAGACAGAAAUCAUGUUAAAAAUGGGUCUUCCUUUGCACUUUGGUGGCUCAUCGUAUGAGAGGAAUUAUGUGCCAAUAGAUUCUUGUGGAAAGGUACAUAAAAUAUGGAAGAAGAGAGAGACCAAAUGCAAAAGACCUUUAGAUGAGAGUAUCCAAGAAGCAAUAGAACAAGUAGCCCACAACUCCAGCCAUCCUUGUAAAGAGGAUUUCCCUGCAUAUCCUGAGCAAGCUGACCUACAAGGUGGCUGUAAUAUAAAUCAUAAGGAUGUUAAAUCAACUGAAUCCACUCUAAAUACACCCUCCACAGAGCCUCCUAUAAAAGACAAAUGGGAAGAGUAUUGGAAUCGGUAUGGCCAAGGGUUAUUAUGGCAGCACUGGAUUGAAAAACAUCCAGAGCUAUCCCUGUCCGGAGAACAUUGUAGCCUUGAACCCUGGAGCUCUGCUGAUACCAAGGAUGAAUGGGAUGAAUGUUAUAAUGAAUGUUACUGGAACUAUUUUCAACAGUUUCAGUAUUGGACAGAUCAAGGGUGGACUUUUGAUACACCCAAUGUGUCUAAAAACAGUGAUGCGCAAUCUCGUAGUGCAGAUGAAAACAGCCCCAGGAUUUCUGAUGGAGACAGUGAUUGCCUUCAGGAAGACCAUUGCAAAACUCUUGUAAAAUCUAUGAGCAACAUUAAUCUUGAUACAGAGGAAAUGAAUCAAGGCCAUCCUUCUCUAAGUGUUAUUAAUGAGGGUAAUCGGCUGCAAACCCCAGACAGCUCUGAAAAGCAUUGCCCUACUGAUCCUAACCAGAAUGAGCCUAGUGAUGGAACGGGGGAAAAGUAUACAGCAUCUGGACCUACAGAUACAAGCCAGUCAGCGAGGCAGUCAUCAGGCUCACAUUGGCAGAUCAGUCCCUCAGCCAUCAUUAAGGAUGGAGAUGAAGAUGAUGAUGAACCGCCAGAGUGCAAACAAGCUAAAAUCAAGAGAAGUCAUGAACUGGAUGCAGAAGAAACCCCAUGUAAUGAUGUUCUGGUAGCAGCUUCCACCAUCUUGGGACUGAAACAUGGCACAGGGCAAAAAUAUGGUGGAGUUGCCAACUUUAGCCGGCGAACUCUUCGUUAUCUGGAAAAAGGAGUGAAGUAUAAGUCCCAGUUCCUGGAUAUGCACAGGCCAGUAAAGGCUAAGAAUAAGCACAUAUUUUUCACUGACGAAGGCGAUGCAGUGCCCAAAAGUAAAACUCUGAACAAGAUUUUUAAGGUGCAGACUUUCCUAAAAGAAGCAAGUAAAGAUGUCCAGGAUCCAUUGGGUGAAACUUAUACCUUACAGGAGGUGGAAGACUCGUUCAGCAGCACUGAUUCUGAAGAACAGAAUCAUGAAGUUAAAGUUCCUUCUGCCCCUCCGGAAAGCGAGAGUUCAGACACUGUGGCAAACAGUGCAGUGCUCUCAAACCCCAUCUGGUGUUCAACAGAUGCAUAUUCAGAGCAAGAAUUAAAUAUUAAUGAUUUGAAUUCCUCAAGACAGCUAAUUCCUCUGGAGAUUCCUGACUAUUUACAAAAUGAAACACAAGUUAUCAAAAAUGACGAUGACAAAGUAAAAAAGAAAAGAAAAAAUAAGAGGAAAAAAAAAUGUCUGCCCCCUGAGAUUGCUGCUGUACCUCACUUGGCCAAGUACUGGGCGCAGCGCUACAGACUCUUCUCUCGAUUUGAUGAAGGGAUUAAAUUAGACGAAGAAGGCUGGUUUUCUGUAACUCCAGAGAAAAUAGCAGAGCACAUUGCUAACCGGGUCAGGCAAUCGUGUGAUUGUGGUCUGGUAGUAGAUGCCUUCUGUGGAGUUGGAGGGAAUGCCAUCCAGUUUGCAAAGGCAGGAAACAGAGUGAUUGCUGUGGAUAUUGACCCUGCGAAACUUGACUUUGCUCGCAACAAUGCCGAAGUGUAUGGAGUGACUGACCAGAUAGAAUUCAUCCUUGGGGAUUUCAUGGUCUUGGCUCCAGCCCUGAAGGCAGAUGCUAUAUUCCUCAGCCCGCCAUGGGGUGGCCCUGAUUAUGUCAGCGCAGAGACGUUUGACAUCAGAACGAUGUGCCUUGAUGGGUUUGAAGUUUUCAGGCUGUCUAAACAGAUAACAAAGAAUAUCAUCUAUUUUCUCCCACGGAAUACUGAUGUGGAGCAGGUGGUAUCCUUGGCCGGACCCGGAGGGCAGGUCGAAAUAGAACAGAAUUUCUUGAACAAGAAACUGAAGACCAUGACAGUUUACUUUGGAGAUUGUAUCCGAAAAGUAUAAAAAUUUUAAAUAUAUUAAACGUUUUAAAGAAAGAAAGAAAGAAAGAAAGAAAGAGAAAAAAAAAAAACACAAGUGUAUACUUGCAUACAACGGACUAUAAACUGAAUCAGGAAUUUCUUAUCAUUGCUUUCAUUGCUUGUAACUGUUAUUUCAUUUUGUAGGAGUUUGUUUCCAUGCAGAUAAGCUAUAGUUUUAUGUAUUCGGUUUCUAUUCCGGUGACUUGUAUGUACUUUCAUUAUAUGAACCAACCUAUUAUCUGUUCAACUGCACCGCUCUGCAUCUUCAGCCAAAAUGCUGGGUAUUGUUCAGCAACAGUUAGAGCAUUUUAUAUUCCUAAUGUUAUGGUGUAUUAGGGACCGGUUACUGCAGGAUAUUGAUUAUGAAUGUUUAAAAUAAAAGUUUAUAUUUUGUAUUAAA